UGCAGAAACGAUAGCAGCAAUCAGCGUUAUGACAAAAAGAAGGAAGAUAAUUUUGAUCCAGACGGAUCCUGGAACGAACUGAGCAAGAAUUUCGAGCAUUACCUCCGUAGCUCAGCAAGACCAAGGUUUGGAUUAGAGAGAUUUAUCGCAAAUGGCUCACUGAAAACGUUUGGCGGUAACUGCUCUUUUCAAAUAGCUCUUCCUAGGUUCGAGCACGUGCGUCUCACGCCCACGCAUGAUGCAAUACCUCAACACGGGCCGACUCCUAUUAGGCUAACACGUCGACGUUACUUCAUGCAUGUGGACGUGCAGGCGUGUUUCCCCUAUAUAUAUAUGGGUAGGGGAGACCGAGCUUCUUACUGCUCAUCAAGUGAUGGCAAAGCUUAGCUACCCCAAUUCUGCUCUUGAAUUGACUCGCGUAUCUUCUCAUGUUACGGUGACACCUCUAGCAGACAAUGACGUGCUCGACCGCUUCGUAAGACUUUCUUCGGGAGAUGUCUACCGCAAGAGAGAGGCAGACGUUACUUUCGUCGUCGGUUUCAAUGGUAAUGAGUUCGACUGUCACAGGGCCGUUCUCGCUGCCUACAGUAAAGUCAUGAACAAUAUGUUGUACGGGAGCUUAAGGGAGGCCCACGAAAGUCGAAUCAAGCUCGAGGACUUUGACGAGGAGGCGUUUGCGGCUUUUAUUGAGUGCGUUUAUACGGGAACGCUUGCAGUCCACAUGUCGUUCAUAUGCAAUCUCAUCUACCUCUGUGACUACUACGACGUUCCUUGUCUCGUGCAGUGUUGCUGCUCGUGGCUGCAUGACAAUCUGGUUGUCGACAACAUGUGCGAAAUUCUUAAGUUUGCAAGUUCGUUCGAAAUCUCCUACCCGCAGUUCUACAAACGUUGCUUCAAGCGUAUUGAAGACCGCGCUGCUUCUGUUUUCAUCACAGACGGUUUCCUAGAGCACACGACAGCGGAGCACAUGGAAAAGCUUGCCACUAGUAACCAACUGGAAGCGACAGAGAUUCAGUUAUUCGAAGCGCUUCGGCGUUGGACUGAACACGACAAGCGCAGGCGCGAGCAAGGUUCCCGGGUAGCAAAGUGCAUCCGUUUGCCAUUGCUAACGCCAGACCAACUGCGUGGGCCUGUCAGCGAAAGCAAUCUGAUUGACUCCAAUGCCAUUCUCGAAGCAUUGGCGUCAAUGGAAGACACUUCCGAGUGUUUCACUAAUCCCUACCAACCUGACUCGCCUCAUAUCACUUUGCGUGGGCGGUGAUCUACCUGCUUGACUUGGUAUCAACCGGCUUCUCCUUGGGGUCUUGGAAACUUUGACAACGACGCACGAAGUCUCGACGGCGUCGUCUUUCAAACUAAAUUUCGUGCUUCAGUGGCGAAACCUGUCGCUUUCCGCACAGUUCGUGUACAAAUUCCCUCCUGCAUUCGAGUUCAACUCGUUACUAGAUCAACAGCCAGCCGAAAACUCACUCUAGGAUUUCCGCUUUCAUUCUCUCAACAACACGGUCAAUUUAGUUCUGGACUACCGCGAAACACACAGAGUUUGCGGCCUUACUUGGCGGCGACACCCAUUUACGGCGUGCACGUGGACGGGACGGCUGUUGUUGCUCAGCCUGGCGACCGAGUCAGUCACAACACUAUCGGUUGCGUCGCUUCUUUGUCGCUGCACAUCACGACAAGCCACCUCUGCAUACAAAUAAACGGUGGCACAAUAGAACGAAUACCUUUCGGGCAAGAGUUGGACGGAAACUCCAAGACGAACGUGUUUUUUGCUGCAGACGUUGCCCAAGUACACGAGAGGAUGACACUUGCUCUUAGAGAAGAAUCAUGCACCUAACUGUUGUGACGCAAACUUACCAAGUUAAUUAACAGUCUGGUCCAAUUACGAAUUUGUAGUUAAGAUAACUAUAGCUCUAAUUAAGCAGCUAUAGUCGAUCAUGUUUGCAGCUGAUUUGUAGGGCGAUUAAUGGACAUUUAAGAUUUUUACCAUAAUGGCAGUAAAUGUGUAAUUCUAGACAUGUACAAUUUGUAUCUGCAA